GUGUGUCUUAUCGGUGCGCUCCCUUAUGUUCGAGGGUUAUUUCUCACCAUUGCCCAAAUCCUCGGAGGCAUUGCAGCUGCCGCCAUACGUUCUGCCCUCUUCCCCGGUUUAUUGACAGUCCGCACAUAUUUCGGUGGCGGCACACCCGUCAUCCAAGGUCUAUUCAUCGAAAUGUUCCUCUCAGCCGAACUGGUAUUCACAAUCUUCAUGCUUGAAGGAGAGAAGCACAAAGGCAUAUUCAUCGCUCCCGUCGGCAUUUGUCUAUCCCUCUUCAUAGUAGAGCUCACAAGCGUCUACUUCACGGGAGGGUCCGUCAAUCUAGCACGUUCCUUCGGCCCGUCCGCCGCGAGCCACAGGCUCCACUCAUAUCGCGGUUAGCCCCAUCCUCGGCGAAUUACUUGCACCCGGCUUCUACAAGUUCAUCAAGAUGCUCGAAUACGAGACCGCGAAUCCAAAUCAAGAUGCUUCCAGACCCAUAAGGCGACCAUUUCAACCCCGACGACCACGCAAGCAACCCUCGCACCUCCUUCGCGCCGGAAGACUAUACCGACGCUGCUGCCAACAUGGAAAAUGGAAGACUUCACGGGACGCCAAGGGAAUACGGUGCAGGAAGAAGACCAUACGGUGAGAGCCCGGCGCCACCGCAACCGAAUGAUCAAUUUGCCGGCUUGGCUGAGGGACGCAUGCAUGCUGAUGAGAUUGUAAACCUUACUUACAGUCUUGGAGGCGGUUCGGAUCGCGCCUUAGCGUCGCCGGUUGGGAACCAGGUGCACAAAUCUGCCAUGAAGCCGGGAUCGUUCAAUAUCAGUACAAAUGGGAAUGGGAAUUGACAUCGAGGGGAGAGGUCAGUGAGGAAUAAUACUU